AUGGCCCGGAAACUAUUGUGGAUCUGGAGACAUAUCGUAGCAUUGAGUCUAUCGUUGUGCGUGCCACGGGUCUUCACGACAUCAGUGGUCGAACGCACCGAGGCAGCGUACGAGAUCGCUUUGGAACGACUUCUACAGUCUAGCGAACUCGAGCUCGAUCUGCACACCGAAGACGACGACGCCACGCUGGACGGAUUGGAUGUGAAGGGUGAAAACUCCUUCUCGCCGUGGUCCUAUGAACCCAUCUGCACAGAACACCUUGCACGGAUUCAAAGCAAGUUAUGCGUCUAUACUGACACCAAAUUCAGUAACGGAAGGGGUAUUUCCAUCUUCACCACCCCUCAGCACGCCGAAACGGUAGCUUCACUCGUCGUCUCCCACCCUGUGGAUUACGAGCCCUCGAUCAACGUCCCUACCCACGCCUGGUACACCGAGACGACUCCCAGCAAAGGUAUUGGUAUGUUCGCUAGCCAUGCCCUAAACCCGGGCGAUCUGACCACGUCGUACACGCCCGUCCUGCUCGCGUACAAAGAAAACGUCCUGCCGAAGAACGAGAGGGAGUCGUUCCUCCACCACGCAGUGAGCCGCUUGCCGGCUCGGACAGGAGCCGCGUACCGCGCUCUCGCCACUAUGUUCCACGAUAAAGCGUUUUUCAUGCAAGAUGUCGCCACCGCGAAUUCAUUCGAGAUGUGCAUUGGUGGCACGGCGCAUCUUGCCGUGAUUCCCGAACCCUCGCGGAUCAACCACGACUGUGCGCCGAAUGCCAUCUUUGGAUUCAACUCGACGGCUCUGGCGCAUACAGUCCGUGCGACGAGGGCGAUCGCAAAGGACGACGAGAUCACCAUUGCGUACACGAAUCCGUUGGAUGGGUUUGCGAAACGACAGAAGUAUCUCUCGGACUCUUUCGGAUUCGAAUGUACGUGCCCGCGCUGCCGGAGGGGCGAGGCCGGAGAUGCGGCGCUCGCUGAGAUCACGGCUCUUCAAAGGUCGCUCUCGCGCUGGUCGGAUCCGACUUCUACGGCCAGCACCAAACAAGCGGAACGGCUCAUUCAGAUCCACCGUGAAGAAGGGCUGAACGGCUAUCUUGAUCCGGCGUACUGUCUCGCAGCACUGGUGUAUAACUCCGUCGGCAGCGAAAGAGGGGCGAAGAGAUACACCAAGUUGUGCAUUGAGGCGAUCGAACUGAGGCUCGGCCCUGGAGCCGAGGACCUGCCGAAAUGGAGGGAAAUGCUCGAGGAUGUGAAGGGGCAUUGGAGCUGGAUGAGGCGCAAACGAGGCUGA